AUGGUGUGCGGCUUGCUGUGGCUGGGCGAGGGACUCUUGGGCUUCAUUGGGUUGAACUUCAAUGACGCCUUCGGCUAUGCCUUCGCACGGCAAGGAGUGCCUUGUGUCCAGAUCCACACACCUCAGCGACACAUCGCCAAUACCAGGGUGAUGGAACUGGCCCUGGCUUUGUGUUCACCACUCUAUUUGGUCCCUGGAUUGAGAUUCCUGCUGCUGGCCUCUGACAUUUCGAUGUUGCUGACAUCGAAGAAGGACCUCGUAUUGCUCCUGCUGGCUGUGGUGAUCCCCGGCAUCAUGGAUGCCGUGCUGGCCACUUCUUUAGCUGUCCCGAUGCUGCUCCUUGGACCUCUCGGAUGGUUUAUGAGCAUCGCCAAUAUGGCCGCCGGGCUGGUGAUUGUGCCGCUGCUUCAUUGUGCAGUGCGGCUUGGGCAGUACCUGCUGGGAGAGCUGGACUUUGACCGCCAUCGGAAUUAUUUGCAUGAGGUGGAGGCCACCGUCGCCUGGGCAGAGGAGAAUCAGUCUUUGCUCGGCAGUGAUGGGCGUCUGGUUCUUUGCGGAUACUCCUCUGGCGGUCACGUCGCUUCUUUGUACGGCUUGGAGCAGUGCGCAGUCCCAAAGAAUGGAAAGCGUCGCUUCGAAGCAGUGGUUCUUGUUUCAGGCAUCUACGAUUUGCGAACGGACAGCUGGCAGGGUGUGAAGCGCUUUCUUGCUCCGAUCCACAACAUGCUUUAUGGAGACAUCCUGGCAGCUGACUCGGAUGAGAAAAGGGCCAAUGCCUCGCCUGUGGCGAUCCUCCAGAAGAAGGGGCAGGCGGAGCUGGAUGCAGCUUGCACCUGGUGGGUCCUCAAUGCAAAGAAGGAAUGCACCAAAGCGGGAGGUUGCCAAGAUGAGAAGGCCGGACUCGUGCUGGAUUCGAACUGGCGAUGGGUUCACAAUGUGCGAGUCACAGCAAAGGGCUACAAGAAGACCUAUGGCGUGCGCGAGAUUGAUGAUGGCAGAGGGGUGAAGUUAGACUUCAUGACACAGGGCGGCAACGUAGGAUCGCGGCUCUAUGUCACCGAUGGGGAGGAGUCCUAUAAGAUGUUCAAGCUUCUCAAUCGGGAGUUCACUUUGGAUGUGGAUGUACACAAGCUCAAUUGCGGCAUGAAUGGAGCUGUCUACUUCAUUGAAAUGGACAAAGAUGGGGGCAAAGGCAAGGACGGCAACCUUGCAGGGGCCAAGUUUGGCACAGGGUACUGCGAUGCUCAAUGUCCUCAUGAAAAGUUCGAAACAAAUGCAUCCCGUGGUAUUUGUUGCGUGGAGAUGGAUAUUUGGGAGGCCAACAAACAUGCGACCGCAUUCACACCUCACCCCUGCAGCACCGUGGGACCUCAGAAGUGUAUGGGGGACAUCGAAUGUGGCUAUGGUGAGAACGGAGAGCGCUGGAUGGGCCUGUGCGACAAGGAUGGCUGUGACCUGAACACCUACCGUAUGGGAGCCAAGACGUUUUACGGUAACGGCUCCAGCUUCGCAGUGGACAGCAACGAGCCCUUGACGCUGGUGACCCAGUUCAUCACCCAUGAUGGGACCGAUGAGGGUAACUUGACCGAGAUUCGACGCUUGUACAUCCAGCACGGCAAGGUGAUCGCCAACGCGGCCUCGAGAAUCCCCAACGUCACAGGCAGUGCCAUCACGGAUGGCUUUUGCAACGCACAGAAGAAGGCCUUUGGAGAUUACGAUCAUCACCAAAAGUUGGGUGGCUUAGUGUCAAUGGGCGAAACCUUGAAGCGUGGAAUGGUCUUGUCCGUGUCCAUCUGGGAUGACUAUGCGACCCACAUGGCCUGGCUCGAUGCCUCCUUCCCCCCCGGCGAGAACGCCUCGGAGCGCUUGGGGGUUCUGCGUGGACCCUGCAAUGCGACCCUGAGUAAUCCGACCGUUUUGAGGCCCAAAAACAAGAACGGAUGGGUGAAGUACUACAACAUCAGAUAUGGUGAGAUCGAUUCCACUUAUUCUGCUAGCGGAUCUGCACUCCAAAUAAGACCAGACUAAGUCGCUUGACUGAGUUUAGUCAGAGAAGUUCUUGGCCUUACCAAUUGCUUCGACCAUGCGACGCCUGCUGGAGAUCGAAUUAGCUCGACAGCUGAAUCUUUGAGGAUCGCUUACAGUGCAGGAUAGAUGGUACCGAAAUGUUCCUCCCGAACGUUGGACGAACAAAUGGUACUGAAGGCCGCAGAAUUCUUGAUGGACGCCUUGAAAAUGGCCUGAAAA